CAUCAUAGCGGCGGGAAAAUGUGGAGAGGUCGUUUCCUCGUGGCUGGGGAAAGGGAACGAAGGCAACACCACUAGAGAAGAUUACCAAACUAUGACAACUUCUGCCUCAGAGAGAAUCUACACGGUUUAAUUUACUGCAGCACCGUGAUGUCUGCUGGCAAGAUGGAUAAAAUAUUCACAUUACUUCAGAAGUUCAGACUGGAUAAAUACUACAAAAAAUUCAUUGAUCUUGGGAUUGAAGAAGAACUGGAUUUUUUUGACAGCGUCAAUGAUGUGACCUUAAAAUCAAUGGAUUUUUCACAAGCAGAGAGGAACCGGUAUGGCAAUAUGAUUGCUUAUCUGCGAAGAAUUGGCAAUGCACCAGUUCCAGAGAUGCAAGGAAUGACUGUAAUGAAGUCACUUAAUUCAUUUCAUAUAUCCUACCGAUUUCCAAAAUGUCCUGGGAUAAAAGAGAUCAGAGGUAUAGAUCCCUCCCAAAAUACAGUGGAGGACCUGAUGUUGCGAAUCUGCCAUGAAAACAAGGUUGACAGAAACAUGUCUGUAUGCCUUUACACUGCUGAUGGUAUGCCUUUGAAUGAUGACCCCUUCUUCAACACAUGGUCUUUGAAUGACCGACAUAUUACAAGUGGGAGUGAACUGUAUGCCAUAUUUACACCAAGGGAAAAUUUAACAGAGUUACCACUGACACAAAGACAGGCCAACAUCAGAAAUGAAGGACCAAGUGUCAUCCGCUGUCACAUAAUGUUACAGAAACAUAAACACUGUGGAGACGAAUUUAAGAAAGUGGUGGCAUAUAUUAGGAGACUGAGUGGAUGCAAUGCUUUGGGUCAAAGUUUAUUGCAAAUGAUCUGCAGGAACUUGCAUUUAACUAGAAACCAAAAGAUUGCUGUUGUUGAGGGUCUUUACUUUCUUUUCCGAGAGUUGUUACCAGGUCGUAAUGAAACAUCAGGCCCAAAGGUCAUUGAAGAUGGUGAUGUUUUUGAAUAUGCAAAUAUUUGCUGGGCUUACUUGAUUGCUCAAGGAGAGGAUGAAAGUCCUGAUCUGGAGACCUAUGCUACAAUUUCUUUGAAAGGUUAUCCUACUGGCCAGCGGCUGUAUGAGCCAGUGAGAGUACCAGGGACACCAGAAGUAUUUGACAGGUCAUACAUACUGGAAAAAAUCACAGAUGGUGUAAAAAUUCCAAACUGUGAUGAGGUGAAUCUACUGGAGUCAUCGAUUAAAAGAGCUACAGAUAUCGAGAGAAUUUCGCUUAGUCUUCCGCCAUCAUUUGAUAGGUUUCCAUUUUGGAUCUUUUAUAACAGCACCCCACAAGGUUGCAACUUUCAGAUUGAACGGAAGAAAACAUUUUCAGACAUGUUUGAGGAUAUCAAACGGUACAGUCACCUGAUUGUCACACCACCACUACAGCUGGCAAAUAUGGGAAAUGAGGGUCCUCUGCUGGUGUAUCUCAGUGAAGAUAAUCUAGGUGUUUACUUGAACAAAGUCAAGGGAGAACAGUUUAAGAUUUGGGUUUACGACUGUCUGUCUGGAAAAGAGGCUACAAAAAAUGUGAAAGAUCUGGCUAAAAUGCUCAAUGAUACCAGAACUGACAACACCGUUGAAGUCAGUAAAACCCCCAAAGAGGCAAUUGUGGUGCUCUUUGAUUCAAGUUCUUCAAUGAUGGAAGAGUGUUAUGACACUGACAGUCAGAUGAUGCGAAUUGAUGCCGUCAAGCAAAUCUUUGACAGCUUUUCAAACCGAAGCAUGUCAUAUGAUUUUCAGCAUGUCAUCUGCCUUGUGAUGUUUAACGACAAAGUUAAAACCCUUCUAAAAUUCACUGAAAAUUUGGAAGCCUUCAAGGAGCAAGUGCAUGGUAUUGAAGCAUCUGGGUACACAAGGUUAUAUGAUGCACUUGUUCGUGGUAUCUCAGAGCUUGACAAUAUCAAGAAAAGUUUUCCAGCUUGCAGAUGUCGCAUCUUGUGUUUGACAGAUGGAAACGAUAUCAGUUCCAUGAGUAAUCCAGUCACCAUUGCCAAAAAAUUGAUGGCCAGCAAUAUUGUGGUCGAUGCAGUUGUUGUUGGCAUGGCAGAUAACACAGUUUUACAUGGAAUCAGCUAUGUAACAGGUGGAUAUUGCUUUAAGCCCGAGAAUGCAAAAGCUGCUCUAAGGCUUUUUGAGAUGGAAACUGUCUUGUCCAUGGAGCUGAGGGCAGAGAGACGAAGGGUACCAGUCUCUUCCAUAAAAACAGAGGAAGACUUGACCAAAAUUUUUGCCUACCAUGGCUACGAUGAAAGACCAGAAAUGAAGAUUCCUGCUCAAAUCACUAAGAAAGCGGCCAGGACAGAGAAUGUACUUAAAAAGAAGAUCCAAGAAUGCAAGACAGGCCGCUUCAUGGAGAAAGAUAAACGGAUCAUAGAAGAACUGAAGAGUCUUCACUGUGAUCCCCAUCCAUUUUGUUCUGUGUAUCCCUCAGAAACAGACUUCACUUUUUGGAGGAUUGUCAUGAAAGGACCGGCUGAAACUCCCUAUGAGAAUGGAACCUUUGAGCUGUAUUGUCAGUUUGGCCGUGAUUAUCCAGUGAAACCACCUGUUGUUCGGUUCUAUACUCCUAUCUACCAUUGCAACAUCAACAGUGUGGGAAGGAUUUGCCACAACAUAUUUGAUCGAAACUACUCGGCUGAUGUUACUAUGAGAGAGAUCUUGGAUGCUGUACAUGGACUUCUGAUACUCCCAGAGGCAGAAGAUCCACUAGACAGCAUAUUAGCAGAGGAAUUCCUGACCAGCAAAGAAGUCUACGAGCAAGCAGCUAAAGAUAACACUGCAAUAAACGCAUGUCAGUCCAUGGAAUCCAUUGAAAAGCAAUACAUAGGUGAGAGCAAUGUUCAAGUGCCUCCUCAUCUGGUAUGUCCCUUGUCAGGGAAGAUAUUCGUUGAUCCCGUCAAGGCCAAAGGUGGAUGUGUGUACGAGCGAAGAGCCAUUGAGGAAUAUCUUAAGACGAACAACAAUGAUCCAGUUACAGGGAAGCCACUUAGCUGCACAGAUCUUACUCCAGAUAAGAACAUGAAAAAGUCUGUUGUGGAGUAUCGUACAUCCCAGAUUGAGGAAACCGAUCCCUAAAUAAAGUAGAUAUUGCUUUGGCAAUGAUUCAGCUGCACUAUAAUAAUCACACAAUACUCAUAUCUAUAAUAUCCAUUCUCUUUUGAUUGUGGAACCCAACUUUUUACAUUUCACGUGUAGAAAUGACAAAAUUACACUGCAUAUUAUGGUGCAUAUGUUGUUCAGUUCAUCUUUGUAUAUUUAAGUUACAGAAGAGAGGUUAUAAUGGGGAAAAAAAAUCUUUGAAUCUCUUUAAUGGACAGAGAAAUAUACUUAACUUUCGGGGGGUGGGGGGUUUGUAAGAAAAACUGAGAAAACUAGUUUGUAUGAGGGGUAGAGUUGCUGUUUUACUUCACCAAUGUUAUUUAGGUUUAAAAUGUGUUAAAUUUACAUUUUCCAUAACCUGUGAGUAUUGGUUGCUUUGUUUAUAUGCAUUCGGAGGUUCCAAAUAAAGUAUGUAUGCAUGUA